AUGGGCAAUGAGACAAGCUCUCAUUCCCUCUCGCCGCCCGAGAUCGAUGAUAUAGGGGUGGUGUGCGCCUACAAAAGAGUCGCAAAUUUUGCGCACUAUUGGCUGAAGGACCUCCCUGAUGUUUGCUUGGAAGUGCAGCGUGCCCUGGGUUCGCACGGCCGCCCCCUCAAAGUUGCUUCCAUUUGCACUGGCUGGGGUGUCUGUGACAUGUCCAUCCACGCGCUCAACGAAGCCCUCAGCAUGAAGGCCAGCGAUGCCCCACUUGAGGUUGCGAUUGAUGGAGGGGUCCUGUAUUCCUCAGAAGAUGAAAUCUUUCCUUCGUCCGCUGAGGAAACUGUUGCAGCAGAUGUAGUAGAUGAAACUGGAUCCGAGAUCUUCUUUUCUUCUGAUGCGGAGGGGGAGGAACAUGUGCGAAAGCGAGCUCGAUACAACAGCAGAAAUACAGCAAGGGUGUCAUUUUUGGGUCGGCCGGUCUGCCGGCGUGCUUUGGAACGCCUGCUUCAAGUGGGUGGAUCAUCAUUGGAGAGGCUGCGGAAAGGCGAAGCGUGUUUCACCAACAAAGAUCGCCUUCCGCUAGCCAAACACCCCACCUUCCAUUUCACGCUGCGCGGUGAAGUUGCAGCUUUGUGGGAGGAUAUAGUCAUGUUUUUGUGGCAUAUGUAUCAGACCGCUUCAGAAACACUGCCGACACAUUGGAAGAGUUUGCGAGAAACUCCUUUUGAGGAUGAUGGCUUGGAUCCACAGGAUGAGAGAGACAGACUUGUCAACUCCAUUGCUCAGACCCUGAGCACGACCUCCAGUGAUAUUAACCAUGUGCUGGUUGGUCCGGGCACAUUUGCUGGAUCCCGGCGAUGUGUCAUGCACUGCACGAGGGCGGACCUCUACUGGGAGUAUUCGGCCUACGCCGAAGCGCGUGGAUUGCGGGUUGUGUAUUGGUCGUUCAGAUCAAUGAGCCAGACAUGGUUUCAGAACAUGAUGGAAGAGAAUGCCAGGCUGGCGGCUCCUUCCAACGUUGCCAUGAAUGUCCUGUGCAUCAUUCAAGACGGCGUCGACCAAUCAAAGUUUCGAUGCCCUCGGGUGAAGCCGACUCAGCGACAAACAAAACUCUUUCAAAAGCUCUUCAGGCCACAGUUGCACGUCGCUGCAUGCUGGUCUCACGGCUUUUCUGUCGACGUGAGCGUGGCAGACGAGGAUCUCCCCAAGAAUUCUGAAACGCAGUUAGAGCAGCUAGUGCGUGCCUUCGACCACGUGCUGGCCGAAGUCGGCUCCUUGCCGCCGGGGGUCAACAUUCAGACCGACAACACAUACAGGGAGGGCAAGAAUCAAUGGACCCUGUCAUUUGGAGCGUUGACAGUUGCGUUGGGCGUAUGGCGCCACUACACCGCCUCCUACCUGAGGGUAGGACACAGCCACGAGGACAUUGACCAAUACUUCUCUCAGAUUGCAUCUCUACUUGCUCGCGCUGAGUUUUCCGACCCGAGAGAAGUUGUGGAUUUGCUCGACGCUAGCUACAGGCCAGAUUCCCUGGCAGACUUGCAGCGGAAACAAGCGAAGCAAAGCAAAGUCUGGACCCAUGCCUACAAGCUGGACACUGUUGCUCGCUGGAAGGAUUGGACCGAAGUCCGAUUUUGUCUCAGAAAAGAUUGUGGAGCCAGCUCCUACGGCAGCUGCCAGCCCGAGGAGGUGCGGGGUUUUGCACCUCACGGCUCCGACGUGAUGGCAUUUUGUAAGCGCCGGAUGGCAGACCCUGAGCCUGUCCGUGUGCUAUGUGCAGUUCCUGCCGCGGUUUCUUACUCUUUGCGAAGUUGUUUCCAGCAGCCACAAGGGGAUGCCGUUCGACGCCCGCUUGGCGAGAAGGUGAAGCAGAACAUUCCUGCCAAGGCUCGCGCGUGCUUCCGUCAGAAGUUUAUCACUGAAGAUGCUUUGGCGUAUCUUCUUGGCUGGGUUGAUGGCCACUUACCCCGAGAUCCUCGGCCCAGGUCGUACCCGGUGCUGGCCCUUCGCCGGUUUGAGCUGGACCUGCGCGCAGAUGAUGUGCCCCGUGCUCCGGGGCGAUGGGAGAAGCCUGCGCGGUUUCGAGUGCGCCGCAUUUUGCGGCCAAAUCCGGGCGAAGCUUCGGAUUCAGAUUGCGACGAUGCGGCAGUUCCUGUUGAGGAUGAAUAG